AUGUCGGUAACUACCCGAGCUACUAGCAUUUCAGCUAAGCUAGCUCGCAAGGCCGCUACUGUCCAGAAGCUUCCAGACCCAGGGGAAAGACGCGCAGAUAGCGACCCUGCCGACCCAGUCACUAGGCUCGACCUGGAGGCUCUAUUCAACAAGCAACGUGACUGCUUCAUUGCCGAUGUGGCUAUAUUGAUUCAACAAUCCACCGAAUCCCUGAAACAGUCAGUCGAGACCCUCGGUCAACAGAUGAUGUCAUUCAACACCCGGCUCACCAAAACUGAAGUUGUGGUGGGAGAGAACUUCGAGAAGAUAACAGCAAUGGAAGCUACAGUUGCUACACUAAAUUCCCAAGCCGCACUGCUGGACCUGGCCAAAAAGCGGGCUGCGUUCAACCCUGUCAAGAACUCCCUCUACCUGAAAGGAGUAAAGUUCCAGCUGCUACAUCCCGCCCGGCUCCAGGUCUGGCUCCGCAACGAGAGCUUCCACUUUGACUCUCCACAGAAAGCCCAGGAUUUCUACAACCAGUGCAUCGCUUCCACCGACUAG